GAAGAAAGUAAGAAUUUUAUCUUAUUGUAUUAUAGAUAUACAGAUUCAACAGUUCAAUAUGAUAAAAAGUUUAUGCCAUAUGAAAUUGUUGAUAAAGACACUAAACCAUACAUUAAAGUCACUAACAUUAAAGGUCAUUAAUCUAAGAUCUUUGCCCCUGAAGAAAUUUCUGCUAUGGUUUUAACUAAAAUGAAGGAAAUCUCUGAAACAUAUUUAGGAAAGAAAGUUAUUAAUGCAGUUGUCACAGUUCCAGCCUAUUUCAAUGAUGCUUAAAGAUAAGCUACUAAAGAUGCAGGAACUAUUUCAGGAUUGAAUGUUGUUAGAAUUCUUAAUGAACCAACAGCAGCAGCCAUAGCUUAUGGUCUUGAUAAGAAAGAUGGAGAAAAGAAUAUCUUAGUCUUUGAUUUAGGAGGUGGUACUUUUGAUGUUUCAAUCUUAACUAUUGAUAAUGGUGUCUUUGAAGUUGUUGCUACAUCAGGAGAUACUCAUUUGGGAGGAGAAGAUUUUGAUUAAAGAAUUAUUGAUCAUUUCAUUAAGGUCAUUAAGAAGAAACAUAAUAAAGAUAUCAGUGCUGAUAAAAGAGCUAUUCAAAAAUUAAAGAGAGAAGUUGAAAAAUCUAAGAGAGCUCUCUCUGCUACUCAUGAAACUAAAAUCGAAAUUGAAGAUUUAGUUGAUGGUUUAGAUUUUAAUGAAGUACUCACUAGAGCAAAAUUUGAAGAAUUGAACAAUGAUCUCUUUAAAAAGACAACUGGUCCUAUGUAAACUGCUUUGGAAGACUCUAAAUUCAAAAAGACUGAAAUUCAUGAAAUCGUUUUGGUUGGAGGAUCAAGCAGAAUUCCAAAAAUUAGAUAAAUUGUUAAAGAUUUCUUUAAUGGAAAGGAAGCUAACACUGGUAUCAAUCCAGAUGAAGCUGUUUGUUAUGGUGCUGCCAUCUAAGGUGGUAUUAUUUGUGGUGAAGAAUCUAAUGAAACCAAAGGUUUAAUUGUUAUUGAUGCAACUCCUUUGAGUUUGGGUAUUGAAACUGUUGGAGGAGUCAUGACUAAAAUUAUUCCAAAAGGAUCAUAUAUUCCAACCAAAAAAUCUUAAGUCUUCACAACCUAUUAAGAUCAAUAAUAAACAGUCACAAUUUCAGUUUUUGAAGGUGAAAGACCACUUGUCAAAGAUAAUCACAAAUUAGGAACUUUUGAUUUAACAGGUAUUCCACCAGCUCCUAGAGGAACACCUUAAAUUGAAGUUACUUUUGAAAUUGAUGCCAAUGGUAUCCUUUAAGUUGCUGCCUAAGAUAAAGGAACAGGAAAUAAAAAUUAAAUUGUUAUUACUAACGAUUCAGGUAGAUUAUCAAAGGAAGAAAUCGAUAAGAUGUUAAGAGAAGCUGAAGAGUUUGCUGAAUAAGAUAAAGCUGCUAAGGAAAGAAUUGAUUCUAAGAAUUCUUUGGAAAGUUAUAUUUAUUCAAUGAAAAAUCAAAUUGAAGUAUAAUUUUAUAUUUAUAUUGUUAGGAUCCAGAGAAAUUGGCUAACAAAUUAUCUGAUGAUGAAAAAGAUACUAUUAAGGAUGCAUUAAAAGAUAGUUAAGAUUGGUUAGAUAAGAAUCAAAAUGCUGAAAAAGAAGAUUAUGAAGAAGAACUUAAAGAAUUGGAAAAGUAUAUAUAAUAAAUUAAAUAUUUAGAAUCUGUAAUCCUAUCAUUAAGAAAGUUUACUAGUAAUCUGGAAGUUAAUAAUAAGCAUCAGAUGACGAUUAUGAUUCCGAUUUAUGAUAUCUGUAUAUUUCUGUGUGUUUUGAAUUAAUUAUUCAAUUAAACUUAA